AUGGAGCUCAUAUAUUCUAUGAGACGUAAGCCCCUUAAAUGUGAGCCCCCGCAUUUUAAUAGCACAGACCCAGAAGUAGUGCGUCCAAUAUGCACCAUAUCUAUACGCAACAUUAUAGCCUUCUCAUCACUGACGGAACUCUCCGACACUGAUGGAGACACUUGGGGCGGUCAUGUGUAUGUUUGUGAUAUUGACACACCCUGGGACGCACAUAAAGUCACCAGCACUGUGCAUCCUGUUUCAGCUCUAGAAUGGGACGGUGAAGGCAAGCAGCUUCUAGUCGCGACUACCGUCGGUGAUGUGUCUGUGUUUGGACAGAAAGACUACCUCCUUAAUGAGUGGACCUGUUUAUAUACAGCUAACUUUCCAGGAGAACAUAUCAUUCAAGCCACAUUCUUCCACAACGGUCGUAGAGUCGUCACUGUGGAUAAGAAACCCGAUGUCCCCAUAUAUGAACGAAUGCAGUUAUUGAGAUCAACACCUACUUUGAAAGGAUUCGGCGGCGUGUGGUGCGCAGGCGCAUGCGUGGUGUCAGGCUCGGGCCUGGUGGGGGUGUUGACGGCCGGGGAGGGGGGGAGGGCGCUCGUCGCCACUGACUGUAUGAGGCCCGCCAGAGACCAUCUGUCAUCGGCCUCCAUCACACAUAAAGCCGGCAGUAUGUUGAUCGCGGCGUGUUUCCGUCGCGGCUGUAAGCGCGCGGUCCGCGUCGCUCGCUGUACAGUCUCCCGCCCGAGUUCGUCCAAGUGCGCGCCCGUGUGUAUCCAGCUACAGCCGCUGCCGACGGUGUACUUGGAGGAUGACGUCACUUCCGUAUGUAUAUCGUGGUGGGUCCGUGAUGAUACAGACGCGCUGCUCAUCGCAUCACACAACCUCACGCUGUGGAAGAUGGUGGAAAGAUCACACCCGCUACACAAACUAUUAGCUAAAGGUCCGGUGCAAGGCAGCACGACCCCGGGAGGAGGACCCAAGACAGGGGACUGUUUUAAUACUAUCGUGUGGCAGCAGGCGGCCUCCUGGCAAUUAGAAGGCACGUCUCCCGCCACCGCUGUGAGCGCCGCCCGCCACGCCGCGCCCGCGCUCGCCGUGCUAGUGACCUCGCGGGCGAUGCACUUACUCACUAGAGACUCGCACCAUUAUCUCGUGUCACGUCCUAUCAUCACGGGCGGGUCAUCUGAGGUCAGUUCAGAAGCUACUCCUCCCAAAAAAGCCAAUUACGGAUUAACAGUUCCUAGUGGCGCCCCCUGUGCUACAGUACACAGUGUGUGCAUGUCGUGGCUGGGAGCGGUGUGUGUGGCGCUGGACACACACUCACAGAUACAUGUAUACAGACUACAACCACAGGCGGACAUGUCAUCAUCCCAGUUCGUGUGUCAGUCGGUGUGUCAGCUGGAGUACGGGCUGGUGGCUGGAGCGGACCCCAGGGACGUGCUGCUCACGGUGGGCGGGGUCAGCGAGGGUGUGUACGAGAGACUGACUGAGAACUUCCAACGCCAGCCGGCCUCCUUCCAACAAUACUACUUCCACACCUGGCUCCGCCUGAGGAUAGCGCUGUGCUGGUUGUCUCCGUCAUCGUCGUGUAGCGCGGCGUCCCUCCAAGCCCUCCAGAGCGCCCUGAGCGUGUGGUCGGCGUGUGUCGCAGGGCUCCGGGACGACCGCGGGGACUGCGCCCUGCUGGCCGCGCUCGCUAACGACGACCUCACCGCCGAUGAUAAGAAUCUGCUCGCACUAGAAGCUAAAGCGGACCUAUCAAGCGAGUCGACCAGUCAAGCGCUGCAGCCGCUUCAAGCUCUGAGACGUCUGUUACAGCGAGCGAUGAACAUAGCGCUAACCAUGCUGGCCUCGCUACAGCCCUCCAACAUACAUCAGAUGCACACACACAAUGUGUACGAGCUGUAUUCCGACCCGGUGGCCGUGUCAGUUCUACGUCGCCUGGUGUGUGUGAGUCGCGCGUGUGGUCGCGGCGGAGACGCUCUCAGCCGCACCCUCGCUAGACUAGCCUCCUCACACAAACCGGAUUUGAUAGAGGAGUGUAUGUCCGUGUGUCUGUCGUGGACGGCUCGUGAGUGGGACGCUCCUCCACGCUGCUCUGUGUCCGCCCCCCACCCUCGACAACUACCCUUAUAUUUGGAGUACGGUGUAGAGCCUGACAUGUUGCGUUACGUCCCCGAGCCUCCUCCGUACGCUCAGUCUGAUACUUCACCAUCACAAGACAUGGACUCCAUCAGAUACAUGUACCUGGGUGGGCGUGGCCGCGCGGCUAAGUGGCGGCAGUGCGGUCGCUGUGGGGCGCGCGCCCUGCCCGAGCCUCGCGCCGCGCCUCACGCCUUACAGAGGGCUUAUGAUGGAAGAUAUUUAGCACACUGCAGUGUAACGAGUGAAGUUGUUACAGUGACGCCUCCCCUCGGCGCCUACCCUCAGCCGCAGCCUCCGCAGGGACCCUUCCUGCCCGCGCCACCACACCAGGCCGCGCCACAGUAUGGAGUGGCGGGCGGCUCACCGUACGGGAUGACGUUCGGCGGCGCGGGCGCGGGGGCAGGCGGGGUGUACGCUCCACCGCCCUACGACCAGCUACAGCAUCAUCAAGCUAUACCAGCACUCAGCCAGCAGCUACCGAUGUACAGUCCGGCCGCAGCGAUGUACGCGGCGGCGGCGGCCGGCUACCCCGGGUACAUCGGCUACCCCGUGCAGUACUACCCCUACUACCCCACGGCCGUGCAGCCCUCCAUACAGCCGCUGCGCCCCACCAUCAUGAUACCCAACGGGUUCGAGGCUGGAGGUAGGUUCGAAGGCCUGGCUCAGACGCUACUGCCGCCCGCGCCCCCCGGCGUGCCUCCCUCGCCCGCACACCUCGCCGCCAUACAGCCGCACCAAGUGCUGUGA